GUAGGAAUGCCACCCCCAGUGGGGGGGACAUGGGCCCCUGCUCCAGGAAGGGGGGCUCGGGCAGAGUCAGGCAGGCGCCAGGCUGGGCAGCGCAGGAGGAAGGCGCUGGGGCCAAGGACUGGCAGGGUCGGCCAAGUGUCUGCCCUCUCCCCACCUCCUCGGCCUCGUGCCUGGGGGUAGAUUGUGUCACCACCCUCCCCUCCCUGGCCAUGGGCAGCAGCCGGGGCUGCCCCGGCAGUGCCGCCUGCGGGGCAGGUGCCCGGCUGAACCAGAAACUGCGGUUUUGGGGCCGUGGGUCCCGCUGCCGCCCCCAUUCCCGGGCGGCAGCACCCGUGCGGGGACAUUGUGCUUUCCCGUCCACUCCCCCCGCUGCUGGGCUGCCUGCCCUCCACGCAGGAGACGAGGGAUUUCACAACCCAGCCCAGACAGGAUUAAAGAGAAAUACACAAGUAAACAAAUCGCGGCCUCGUAACGCUGGACGUGCUGCUCAGGGAGUGGAUCCUCCAGGCCGGUGGGUGAGGCGCGGGCGCCGGGGUGCGGGAGCGAUGCCCGCGGGGGCCGGCACCGCACGGGACAGCGCCGGGUCCCGCCGGGAGAGCCGCUUCGGAGCAGCACUGAGCAAUCUCAUUUUUCACACGUCUCCUGUAGUCAAACUGCCCCUGUCAGAGGAAAGGAGUUGCUUCCUGUUAUUUCCAUUGAAAUCCUUGUCCCGGUCGUUAGCCGGCAGGCUUUGGCAGGAUGGCACCGUGCGCGCACACGAGCUCCGGCCGCGUCUCCCGAGGGCUCCUGCUGCUCUGCGUGCUCCUGGGGACUGGCCUUUGUCACACGGAUGCUGUGACAACGAGCUUCAGCCAGGACACUGGGACAAGCCCACCCACGGCCACCUCCAACUGGACAGCCCAGUCCAUGGAGGGGAAUUACACCGCCAUCACACAGCACUGCUGGGACUACUUCGUCUACCUGAUGAGGAACGUGAUGACAUCGGAGCUGUGCGAGUGGAAAGUCAUCAGCAGGCCCUACAGCGAGCUGCAGCGCUGCCUGGAGGAGUGGGCAGAGCGCCUCAACCACAGCUACCCCAACGCCCUGGCCGAGCAGUACAUCUUCCAGAGCCACCACCGCUACUUCCACAACUGCACCCUGGAGCACCCGGUGUACUUCGACCCGCCCGAGGACGUGCUCCUGGCCAUGAUCAUCGCACCCAUCUGCCUCAUCCCCUUCCUCGUCACGCUGGUCAUCUGGCGCAGCAAGGACGGCAAGGCGCAGGCUUAGAGCCGCCCUCCCUGCCCGGCCCCGGCACAGCCGCUGGGCUCUCGGGGUCACCAUCCCUCGCAGCCGGUUCCCCCCGCGCCUUCCCCACCCCGCGGACCGGCAUUAAACGCUUCUCCCCCCACGCCUGGCGCUGCUUCUUCGGCCGCUCCAUCCCUCCACGGCCCGGCGCGGGCCAGCUCCCGCCGCCAGCGCCCUCCUGGCGCGGGUCUGCCGGCAGCUUCUUGCCGUGGGGAGCGCUCCGGCACCAGAACCGGCACAGAACGAGCACAAAACCGGCACCGAACGGGCACAGAACGGGCACCGAACGGGCACAGAACGGGCACCGAACCGGCACAGAACCGGCA